AGGCGCCUCGGCCCCCUGCAGGGGAAAGAGGUCGAGCUCGCCAGGAAGGACAGGGGGCGAUGCGAGAGGAGGAGGAGCAGCAGCAGGAGGCGAGGAGGAGGAGGAGGAGGCGGAGGAGCCCCUCGGAAGUCUAUAAGAGAGACGCGCUUCUCCACUCCCAGCCCGGACUACAUCGCCACUGGCCUGCCAGGCGCCUCUCUGCCCCGGGUGCUCACCCCAGAAGACUAAGUUCAUCUCCACCAAUGGACUAUAGAAAUGUAUCAGAGAACUGCAAGGAGCUCACUGUGCCCUGCUCUAACUCCAGCUCUCUGCCAGCCGGUGUGUCUGGCACAGAUUCUUCAGCUGGUCAGCGAACUGCAAUAGCCUUGGGGAGGCCAGCUGCUGCAAAUGCCGCCCGAGAGCGCAGCCGAGUGCAGACUCUCCGCCAUGCUUUUCUGGAGCUGCAGAGGACCCUGCCCUCUGUGCCACCUGACACCAAGCUCUCCAAGUUGGACGUGCUGCUCCUGGCCACUACCUACAUUGCUCACCUUACCCGUAGCUUGCAGGAUGAAGAAGAGUUGCCCGGAGAGGGCUUGGGCACGCUGAGAGGGGAUGGCUAUCUGCAUCCAGUUAAGAAAUGGCCAAUGCGAUCAAGGCUAUACAUUGGAGCUACAGGGCAGUUUUUGAGUCACUCAGCGCAAACAGAAAAUACAAAUCAAGGAGAAACGUCAACAAAUUCACAAAUGUAAUGCUAUGUUUUUAUAUUGAAUGCUGUGUAUUUAUUAUGCUGGAUAUAUUUAAAUUAAAACACUUCUUCCAGCAACUAUGACCUUCCUCCCAAUUGUAUCUGACGAAGUAGGUGGACAAGCUGAAUUUUAAGGGUAGCUCAGACAUUAUUUUGGGGUGCUUUCAUUAUGUCCAGAAGUCUAUUUGUGUGAGCAGUGCAUUAUGGUCCUCCUGCCACAAACAACGUCCACAAUUUCUGAAAUAGCAAAAUGUACGUGCGUUGUACACAUGAUACCAGCUGAGAUUCAUGAACUCCUGGCUCAUGUAACAUUGUUUGAGUGGACAAACAAUCUAUCCCAUUUAUGAAGGAAAUUUCUGAAUGUAACGUGUGAGCUGACCCUUAUAAAUAAUAGACAACUUGCAAGCACUAAAGCAACAAGGUUUGUGAUUAACAUAAGAAUUAUGGACUAUCUCAAUGAAGGGAUUCAUUCUGAACAUAUCCCUCAAGAAACACAGGUGUGCAUUCUUCUGACUGUUCACAUGCAUCCAAGCUUUUAAUAACUUAAGCAGAGCUUUGCUGGAUCAGAGAUCCAUCUAUUCCGAUGUCCUAUUUCCAAAAAUGACUGCACAAAUUCUCUCACGAAGUGCACAAGCAUGACAUCAAAGCAACAGCCCUCCGCCAUUGUUUGUGACCACAUCCAGUAUUCAUAGGGUUCUUGAGCAUGGAGGAUCUAUUUUGCAGUUGUGGCUAAUGGCCUCUGAUAGAUCAGCAUGAGCCUCUGUAUGUGUGUGUGUGUUUCUAUAAAACAUCUGUAGAGUUUGCAGUGUAGUUUGGCUGAUCUUGUAAAGAAGGAGCUUAAGAAGCAGAUCUGUGCUUAUAUUAACUUUGGAUAUGGAUUUCUGUGUUGCAUCUAAAGUGUGUAGAAUUAAGAUGCUUCUGCAAUAAAAUAUAAUUUCAAUAAGCUGCAAAUAUUAAUUAACCAUAAAAUGUAAACUUUUUACACUAUAAAGUUUCUACACUGCAGAUUGAAAUUUUAGUAUUUUUUGUUUCAUUACUAUUUGACCCCAGUUUACAGUUAUUUUCACUGUAUAAUACCUGCCAAAUUAGGAUAAUACCAAAUGUGGUUGAUGAAGUGGGCUCUUUUCCACAAAAACGUAUGCUACAAUAUAUCUAUUUAAAGUGCCACAAGACUCUUUGUUGCUUUUCCACAGAAGUCCGAAUGACCUUUAGAAGCAUCUACUAUUCAAGAGACUUUUCUUGAUAAAAUGAAUGUGUGUUAAUAGUCAAGUGAGGAGGAAAAAAACCCCACAAUAUAAGCAGCUUUGUGUAUGGAAUCUAGCAAUAUUAUGGGUGUUGUAAUAUAAUUUAUUAUUUGUGUUUAUCUCUGCUUUAUGGUCUGAACUGCAUAAAUGUUUGAGGGAAAAACUUACCGUACUUCUAAACUGCAACAUGUGUACAUGUUUUAUAGCUUGAUACAGUAUGUUCAUUCCAGAAAACAGAGCUUGCAUGCUCAGUUAGUUCAGCUAAAAUAUUUGCAGCAUGUAAGCAACAGUGGUUAGAAGAUAAGUGCAGUAGAGGUUCACCUAGUUAUCUUCUCUUAUUGUAUAUGUUAUACAUGAUUUUACAGAAUUUUAAUAUUUAUAUUAAAUACUUUAAAAACCGCUAUGAUUUGUCAGAAUCAAAUAAAUGCAACUGUUCCACAAGAAGCCAAAAAUAAAAUAAAAUGCAUU